ACGUCUUAACUGUCAACGAAUAGAGAGAGAGGUGGACGCCUGUUCAUUUUUCACGGAACCUGUCCAAGUCGAGUCUGGAUUUCCGUAGAGACCAAAAUCUGAAAAUCGACGUUGAAGCCCCGAUCCUCCUUCUCAGAACCCUCAGAUCGUUGCCUUUCCGAUUCCCAAAUUCCCAAUUGAAUUACUAGAUUUCUGCGCCGUGCAGUAAAACUAGUAAUCAAGAUGAGUGAGGUGUUCGAAGGCUACGAGCGUCAGUACUGCGAGCUCUCCGCAAACCUCUCGCGAAAAUCGAACUCCGCCGCUCUUCUUUCCGACUAUGAGCAGAAGAAGCAGAAGUUUUCCGAGAUUAAAGUUGGAUUGGAUGAUGCCGAAGCUUUGAUUCGGAAAAUGGACCUCGAAGCCAGAAGCUUGCAGCCAAGCGUGAAGGCGGUGCUUCUUGCCAAGCUAAGGGAAUAUAAAUCUGAUCUCAAUAAGUUGAAAAGGGAAAUCAAGAGAGUUGCAUCGCCUGAUGCCACUCAGGCUGCUCGCGAUGAACUGCUGGAGGCAGGAAUGGCUGGUACGCAUGCGGUUUCUUCUGAUCAAAGAGAGAGAAUGGCAAUGUCUGUUGAGAGAUUAAAUGAAUCAAGUGAUAGAAUCACACAGAGUAGAAGAACAAUAUUGGAAACUGAAGAGCUUGGUGUCUCCAUUCUCCAAGAUUUGCACCAACAGCGGGAAACUCUCCUGCAUUCCCAUCAAAAACUUCAUACCGUAGAUGAUGCCAUUGACAAGAGUAAAAGAGUUUUAACUGCCAUGUCAAGGAGGAUGACGAAGCAUAAAUGGAUCAUAGGCUCAGUUAUCGGAGCUCUUAUCGUUGCAAUCCUCUUUAUUCUGUACUUUAAGCUUUCUCAUUAACGGAUACCUGAUACGGAUACCAUCUGUGUGGUACAGGUAACUAUAUAUCUCUAUUCAAAAGGUUGUAUCUAUAUAUGCUUUGUUGCCCAGAGAGUUAUGAAUCGCAUUCUUGUCAUAAUUCCCGUA